GGUCAUGCCUACACAAGGAUCCCUUUAUACUGAGUGACCAGAUCGUCGUUGCAAAAGGAUCUCUUUGUAACCAGCGAUCUCCAGUGCCUGCCUGGGUCGAGCAACCGGCACCUGCUGUAACAAUAAGGAGCAGCGAUCUUUUGUUAUCAGUAACUGAGAUUACUCCCCCCACCUUCCAAAGCAGCUGGAGGAAUUUUCUUUUUUGUACUUGUGGGGAAGGCGGCGCGGGUCAGAGCAGCCAGAUUGCUGCGGAGAAUGAAGCAACCGCAUCCCAUUGGUUCUCAGCUGUCCGUUUUUAUCUUCACAACAACCAUGAGAGGUCCUGAACUGCCCGGCGUCCCAUACUCGGAGAUGCAGGUUUGACGACGCCCUCGGUUCGCUCGGCGCCGCAAGGGUUAAAGAUGAUGAGGAAGAAGAGGAAGCGCGGAGGCCCGAUCGCCUGCUCAUGCAGCAGCCCCAUCGCCGCCGCCGCCGCCCCACCGUUGGAGUCCCGUCGAGCUGCAUGGACGGGCAUGGGGAGAGCGGCCCCUCUCUGCGCCAUCGCCGCCGCCAACGCCGCCAGGGCUGAGCAGCAGCAGCAGCAGCAGCAGCGCCGCCCCCCGCCUGCCCUCCUCGUCCUUUUCAGCCUGGGGCUGCUCCUACACACAGGCGACUGCCAGCUGCAGACGCCGUGUCGAAUCCAGAAGUGCACCACGGACUUUGUGGCUCUGACUUCUCACCUGAACUCUGCCCUUGAUGGCUUUGAUUUGGAAUUCUGCAAAGCCCUGCGUGCCUAUUCCGCCUGCACCUACCGCAACUCCAAAGUCUGCCGUGGGAACCUGGUCUACCAUUCGGCUGUGCUGGGGAUCAGCGAUCUCAUGAGCCAGAGGAACUGCUCCAAGGAUGGCCCGACCUCCUCGACGAACCCCGAAAUCACCCACGACCCAUGUAAUUACAGCAGCCGCCAGGGAGCCGGCGAACUUCGCGGGGGAGGAGAGCAGACUCCGCCCACGUACUUUUUCUGUGGCCUGUUUGGAGACCCACACCUGCGGACCUUUAAGGAUCACUUUCAGACGUGCAAAGUGGAAGGGGCAUGGCCCCUCAUAGAUAACAACUACUUGUCGGUGCAGGUGACAAAUGUGCCCGUGGUCCCCAGGUCCAGCGCCACUGCCACAAAUAAGAUCACCAUCAUCUUCAAAUCUUACCAAGACUGCACAGAUCAGAAAGUGUACCAGGCCGUGACCGACGAUUUGCCUGCCGCCUUUGUUGACGGCACAACCAGCGGUGGCGAUGGCGACACCAAGAGCUUGCACAUUGUGGAGCGAGUGAGCGGCAAGUAUGUGGAGAUGCACGCCCGGUAUAUUGGGACCACGGUCUUUGUGCGCCAGCUGGGCCGCUACCUAACACUCGCCAUACGCAUGCCGGAAGAGCUCGCCAUGGCUUAUGAAGAGAGCCAAGACCUCCAGCUCUGUGUGAACGGCUGCUCCUCCAGCGAGCGCAUCGACGACAGCGGGCACCUCCCUUUGCCCGUGAUGGGGCAGCUCCUCCCUCCGGGCGCUUCUAGCCAGACCCGGUCCGUGUACACCUUAGAGAGCGCCACGGCCAAAUGCCACGAGAAGAUGCUGCUGAAGGACAUCUAUUUUUACUCUUGCGUGUUCGAUUUGCUGACCACCGGCGAUGCCAACUUCACGGCAGCUGCCCACAGUGCCUUGCAAGACGUUGAGGCUCUGCACCCCAGGAAGGAGCGGUGGCACAUCUUCCCCGACAACGGGGCGGCUGGCCAAGGGCAGCAGCUUUUGUGUCUUAGUCUUGGACUCACGUGCUUGAUGCUUGUUGUGUUUUUGUAGGGUUGUGUUGGGUUCCCCCAUCCCCGAGAACAAAGGUUUAAAAAUAUAUAUUGUCAUAAUAUAUUGACUUAAAGAUUAUAUAUGUAUAUACCAUGUAUAUGAAGGGAUGCUUCCGCCUUUCCCACCCCCUCCUCCUGGGACGCCCAGCGGAUUGUACAUAUUGUGUUAGUUUUUCUUUCCUCAUGUACGUUGGAUGUAAUAUUCUUUUUUUGAUUGUAAUAAUUUUUUGCUUUGCAGUUGGUGAAAUGUUUUAUAAUGUCCUUUCAUCAGGACCUGAUAGAAAGCACUUUAUUUUUUAUAUAUUGAAUAUUUAUGUGUAUCUAGGUACUAUGUAAAGCAUUUAGCCACGUGUACAUACAUCAUACCCAGUGCUCCCUCUAAGUAUUACCUAGCUGAACUCACGAGCUUCUGCGGUCCUUUCCUCCUCCUCUCUCUGCUUCGCCUUUUGAGGCAAACCCAAGAAGUUGGCUGGAGGGGGGGAAGAUAGGUGCAGGUCUGGGAUGAGCUAAUUCUUUCUUUUGGACCCUGGGCCAGUAGCCAGCCUGUGUUCCAUAAGAACAAAAAGGUCAUUUGAUAUUGAUCCUCACAAUUGGAACCGCCCCUUGCUGCAUCACUCCUGAUGCAGAUGUUUCCCGCCCCCUUCUCCUGAGGACUGCUUUCUUGUGUGUGAUGGGGAGGUGGCAUUUUGUGCUCGGGUAUUGACUCGCCAAGUGCAAAAUGCAUUUCUCGCCUCGGGUCAUGAAGGGCACGAACGUAGAAAACGGUGUCUCUGUCUCCUUCCCAAACGUACACGUGUGAAACCCAAAACUCGCUGAGGUUUUUGGGGCUUGGUCUCUUAAUAUAUAUCGAUUAUAUGGAUAUCUUCAAGUGGUUUGUAUUAAGUGUGUUCCCUAUGAUAGUGGUAGGCCUCACUGGGUUAAUCAUGUCUGAUUUCUCUCUCUCCUCCUUGCCCCCCCCCCAAAAUGUAGGCACCUUCAGCCUACCUAAAUAAGUUUUUUGCAACAACUACAAA